AUGGAAGUCGAGUCUUCAUCGUCUUCCUCUCCUUCACGUGGGGAUGGGCAUCAUGAACCCGAAGAUCAGUCUUCUCGCAAGAAGAAAAGAGGAGGAUGGAGAGCUGUCAAAUACAUUCUUGGGAACGAGUCAUUCGAAAAGCUCGCCUCGAUGAGCUUGAUAGCGAAUCUGACAGUGUAUCUACAGAACAAGUACAACAUCGGUGGUGUCUUCUUGGUCAACAUCGUGACCAUAUGGUCUGGUCUAUCCAAUAUCUCUGCAGUGGCCGGAGCUUUUGUCUCUGAUGCUUAUCUUGGAAGGUUCUGGACCCUUCUCCUCGGAUCCAUCGCCUCCUUUCUCGGGAUGGGAAUGAUGGCUCUGACUGCGGCUCUCCCGAAGUUAAGGCCCCGAAAUUGCAGCAACGAACGUUCAGAAUGUCCAAAGCCAGAGCCAUUGCAGCUCGUGGCUCUCUUCACUGGCCUAGGGUUACUGGCUCUUGGAGCUGGUGGGGUCAGACCGUGCAAUAUCGCGUUCGGAGCUGAUCAGUUCGAUACGAACACUCCCAAAGGCAAAGCCCAGCUCGAGACGUUCUUCAACUGGUGGUACUUCUCCUUCACUGUUGCCCUCGUGAUUGCCCUAACCGGGGUCGUGUAUAUCCAGUCUAAUAUCAGCUGGUUCAUCGGUUUCUUGAUCCCCACGGCUUGCCUUCUCUUGUCGAUCACCAUUUUCCUGUUCGGCCGGCACACUUACAUCUGUGCAAAGCCUCAGGGGAGUGUGUUUUCGGACAUGUUUAAGGUCGUAGCCGCAGCUUUAAGGAAGCGUAAGGUGAAAAUCAGUGACGAUGUAACCUUCUAUGAUGCUCCUCUUGACCAGCCUGGAUCCUCCACUCGGCUUCUGGGCACAGACAGGUUAGGGUUUCUUGACAAAGCGUCGAUAGUAAUGGAUCCGAACGAGAUAAACGAAGAAGGAAGACCGAGAAACGACUGGAGAUUAUGCAGUUUGCAGCAGGUGAAGAACCUGAAGUGCGUGCUCGGGGUUCUACCAGUUUGGGUGGCGGGAAUCGCCUGUUUCAUGCUGAUGGAUCAGCAAAACACGUUCGGAAUCCUUCAAGCGAUUCAAAUGGACAAAUCAAUCGGUCCCCAUUUCAGAAUCCCGCCAGGAUGGAUGAAUCUCGUCUCGAUGGUGGCCCUUUCGGCCUGGAUCUUGGCAUACGAAUGCAUCUGCAUUCCGGCCACGAGAUUCAUCACGGGACGGAACAGGAGACUGACGAUCAAACAGCGGAUAGAGAUAGGGAUCGUGAUGGGGAUAGCAUGCAUGGUAGUAGCAGGUUUCUUGGAGAAGAAGCGACGUGCUUCCGCCCUAAGAAACGGCUCUUUCGUCUCGUCGAUCUCUGUCCUACUGCUUCUGCCGCAGUUCGCGCUCUCGGGCUUGAUGGAAGCUUUCUCGUGCGUGGCCCUGAUGGAGUUCCUCACCAUGAGAAUGCCGGAACACAUGAGAACUGUCGCAGGAGCAAUCUUUUUCCUGAGCUCAUCGAUGGCGAGUUACAUCAGCACGCUUCUAGUCGAUGUAAUACACAACGUGACGAGCAGAGGCGGGAAAUCUCCAUGGCUGGGAGGGCGCGAUCUGAACAAGAACAGGCUUGAGUACUACUAUUUCAUCAUAGGCGCCAUUGAAUUCGUGAAUUUGAUGUAUUUCAGAUUCUUCGCUGGUCGGUUCGCCUCUGAGAAUAUAUAG